AUGGAGAAGGCUAAAACCAGAAAGAAGAUUACAAAGGCUUGCGAUAACUGUAAAAGGCGUAAAUUAAAGUGUAGCGGAGAUCUACCCUGUUCACUAUGUAAGCAGAAGGAUUUUGAAUGUGAAUAUGUUAAAGUGGAUAAGCGGACAUUGAAAGGACAAAGAAAAGCAAUAAAUGCGAGUGCUUCUGAAGAUAAAACUGCUGUUAAAAUACUUGAAGAAGAUCGUACGGUUGAACCAAAGUACGGUCGAAACUCUAAAAGACAUUCAACUGCCUAUCCAGAACAUUCCCCUGGAUCUAUUUGCAAUGAUUAUGGUACCCAGAGAACUGAAGCGACGACUGGACGUAGUACUCUGAUGGUCUCAAAUAAUGGAAAUCACCAUAAUUCGGUUGGUAGAACAAACUCCAUUGUAACACUGAAUAAUACGGGGAGUAUAACACAAGGCAGUAAAUAUCUUCCAAAGAAUUUGGAGCCAUUACUUUCUUUCCCGAUAGAAGAUGAAGUUGAAAAUAAUAUACAUGGCAAGAGUUCUAUAGGCAUGUCGUCUCGUGGUACGCACCUGGAAAAAGCGAUUGAUGACAACGAGGACGACCAUGGACUAUCUAAUGAAGAUGGAAGAAAUACAAGGUUAUUACGAGAUUCUGGAGGUAAUUUGCGCUAUAUUGGAGAGAGUAGUCCCCUUUCUCUCUUGUUUGAAAGCCGUAAUAUCUUUUACAAAAACCUUGGUCAUACCAAGUUUACAGAUGAUCCGCGUCGAAUGAGUAUAGUUGAUGAGCCAGGUAAGCAUGUCUCUGGGAUACCUGUUCAAUUGCCUACAAAACAAGAUUGUGAUACUUUGGUCAAGGUAUUUGAUGAAAACAUCAAUCAUACAUUUUACGUUUUUGACAGCAAUUACCUUAAGCAUUGUCUAGUGGAUUGUAUUUAUAAAUCUCCAAACCGAGCUCCUAAUAAUAAAUUGGCUUUAAUGCACUUAGUACUAGCCUUAGGGUCACUAUUUGCAGAGAUAAGCCCAGAAUAUUCCAUUAAAGAGCUACAAUAUAAUGAUUCCGCAGCAUACUUUGAAAGUGGAUUUACAUUAAUUAGAAAUUCGGAGGAUAAUGGUGGUUUAUGGCUAAGCGAAGCAUAUUUUUUGAUCUACUUUUAUUACCAAUCAACAUGUAAAAGAAGUACUUCAUGGCUCAUGCUAAAUAUGGCAAUCAAAAAUGCACAAGCCCUUGGUCUUCAUAGAAGAUUUAUUAAUGAGUCUUUUAAGGAUGUAGCUUAUGUUAAGCAUAGGCGGCGUUUAUGGCAAAGUCUCUACAUAUGCGAUCGUAUUUCUUCCAUUUUGCUAGGAAGACCACUCAGUAUUGGCGAUUAUGACUGGGAUGACUUUGGAGCGUGUGCACCUCGUGGCCCUCUCAAAAGUAAUGAUGAUUUUAGGGCCCUAUGUCAAAUGGAAACAGCUAAAAUAGCCAAAAUAAAUGGUAAAAUAGUUGAGAAUUUCUAUGGGGAAGGUAAAAUAAAUACAAUCAGGGCGAAAAAAUUGGCAAUUGAAUUAAGAAAAUGGUCAAUGGACUUGAGAAAUGAAAUACAAAUUGAUAGACUCUUUACAUGGGACGAAACUUUAAGUGAAGACUUAUUUUAUCCUUUGCUUUUGACACACUUGUCUCAGCUUUAUGGUAUUGUGUUAUUAAGUAGACCAUUCUUCAUGUAUUUGUCUUUUCAAACUCUGCAAGCUACAGAAAAAGCAGAAUUUUUAUUGACAAACUUCCGAAAUGCUUGUAUUAAAGCUGCGAUUUUAACGAUAAAAUUUAUUGAUUACUUCUUAGCAAAAUUCCACAGGCGAAUGGAACUGUUCACCACUAUCAACUGCUGUUUUAACUCAGCACUUAUCUUGGGUCUUCAGAUAAUGCACGAGAAAAUUAAUGAGGCCCAAGGGAAAGUUAUGGAGUACAACAUAAUGCUUCUUAUGGAAACACUUGAUAGAGCUAGAAAUAUUUUAUCCAAGUAUGGCCCAAUGAGUGCCACUUCUGCCAGAUUUAGUGAUAUCAUAAGCAAUAUGCAAUCCUCAUUUAGAGAUAAGUUCAGUUUUCCAACAGAUAAUGGAGCUGCACAAAUACAAACACGAUUGCCUGAAAUUCCUAUUACUCCAUCUAUGAAUUUAAAUGAGACUGGGGGAAAUACAUUUAACGGCAUUAAUACACCUGGGUUCAAUUUAGCGCCGGAUUUAGAUAAUAUGCUAGAUUUCCAGCAAUUUUUUUUGCCUCCCGAAAGCGCUUCACCUUCUAAUACUGAAACGAGUGAUAAGCAAGAUAUUAUGGACCUAUUUAUGUAUAAUUUUGGAAAAAGUGAUAUUUUGUUUGAUAACCGGUUCUAA